AUGUCGCGCACUGCUGCAAUUCUCGCACCGGCGCUCUGCUCCAUACUGCGUUCCGUCCCCACCAAGGAGCAGAUCCUGGUCCCCGAGACCCUUCUCAAGAAGCGCAAGUCGCAAGAGAAGGCUCGUGCCGAGCGCAACGCCGCCAACGACCAGAAGAAGACCAACAACAAGGAGAAGCGUGAGGUCAUCUUCAAGCGUGCCGAGAAGUACGUCCAGGAGUACCGCGAGCAAGAGCGCGAGAAGGUCCGCCUUGCUCGCGUCGCCCGCGAGAGCGACUCUGCCUACGUUCCUGCCGAGGCCAACCUGAUCUUCCUUAUCCGUAUCAAGGGUAUCAACAAGAUCGCCCCCAAGCCCCGCAAGAUCCUCCAGCUCCUGCGUCUCCUCCAGAUCAACAACGGUGUCUUCAUCCGCGUCACCAAGGCCACCACUGAGAUGAUCAAGGUCAUCGAGCCCUGGGUCGCUUACGGUUACCCCAACCUGAAGUCCAUCAAGGAGCUCAUCUACAAGCGCGGAUACGGCAAGGUCAACAAGCAGCGCAUUGCCCUCACCGACAACUCCAUCAUUGAGGAGAACCUCGGCAAGUACGGCAUCAUCUGCAUGGAGGAUCUCAUCCACGAGAUCUACACCGUUGGCCCCAACUUCAAGCAGGCCGCCAACUUCCUGUGGCCCUUCAAGCUCUCCAACCCCACUGGUGGCUUCCGCCCCCGCAAGUUCAAGCACUUCAUCGAGGGUGGUGACCUUGGCAACCGCGAGGAGAAGAUCAACGCCCUCAUCCGCCAGAUGAACUAAGCGUUGGUCCCUUCACUGCGGACUGUGUUUGGGUCGUCUCUGUUGAUAGGUUGAGAAAAAUACCAAGGGCUUUAUGAUUCAUGGUCGCACGGCGUUACGAUCACAAAAGGGGAUUUGUGAAAUUGAGCUUUUUCAGACUUCAUUACCGGGUCCACCCUCUUGUGCGUGCUGUUUGGUAGUCUCGAUCAAUCCGAAGUGACUCCUCAUCCAAUGUUUGUUUCCGCCGUGAUGUUUGUUGAUACAACUAUGAUACUGCUACAUUUUGAUGUCAAAGCUCGUUCCGCAUCCGCAGCUGCUCGUCGCCAGGGGGUUGUCCGCAAUUUUGAAUUGCGACCCAAUCAGCUCCAUCGUAAAGUCGACCUUGCUGCCCUUGAGCAGGUCGAGUGAUGGCUGGUCCAGCACAAUCUUGGGCGCUCCCGGCGUCGGUGACGUUGCUGUGUAUUCCUCCCCCUCAGC